CCUCACACUCUGCGCAGCCGCACAAGUCAAAGCACUGUGCAACGGUCACCUGGCCGUCGCGACCCCGCAGCUCCCCGUAACGUACACUUGCCAGCAAUUCAAAUCGAACCCACCAGGCCACCACCACCGAAAGCUGCCGCAAUUACACCCGCUGCAUCCUCCCGAUUCCUCUCGCUCAGAUCCGAUCCAAGUCCCAAUGUCGCCGCCGGCACCAAUGGGAGCACCGGACUUCUCGCCGCCGGAGCCGGAGCCGACGCACUCGCCGGAGCCGGAGAACCCCGGCCACGACAACCGGAACUGGAAGGCGGACAUGAUGUCGGCGCUGGGGGAGUCGGUCUCCUUCGGCCGCUUCCUCACCGAGCCGCCCGAGUGGGGGAAGUGGUCCGCCUUCGCGCACAACCGCUACCUCGAGGAGGCGGCCGUGCAGGCGCGCCCGGGCUCCGUCGCGCAGAAGAAGGCCUUCUUCGAGGCGCACUACGCCAGGAAGAAGAAGCGCAAGAGCGAGGACCACGGCGCCGCCGCUGGCGCUGACGCCGGGCUCGAGGCGGGUGCGGCAGAGGAGGACGGUGGUUCCGCCGCCUCGCGGCCGUCCUCAUCGGCGGAGUCCUCCUGCAUGACGGAUCAGGCUCCGGCGCCUGGGGAUGAGGAGACGUGCGGCAGCGGGGAGGCCGGCGUGGUGGAUUGUGGUGGUCCCCGUGCCAGUGAUGAGCCGGUGGGAGUGCCCGAGGAGCUCGCGGUCGCGGCCAUCACCGAUGCUGUUGGUCCUUACAGGAUGGAUGCACCCAUGGACGGGUUGUGCUGCAAGGAGGACGGCAAUGAGCUAGUUGCUGGAGCAGUUUCGGAAUCGCUGGAGAAGAAAGAUCUGUGCUCGAGUAAUUUGGUUGUUGUUGCCGUAGAGAAGCAACCCUUGAAGGAGAGCUCUCUUGUUAAUCAGGAUAUCACGGAUUCUGCAAAGAAAAGGAGGAUCCAGAUGUCAUCUCUGCUUCAGAAGCCGACCAAAUUCAGAUCUCCCCCUUCAGGAAAGAAAGGGCAGCCUUCAUCAGUGAAAAGACGGUCGCCUCUGCAUUCUGCAAAGGAGAACACCUCACCUCCUGGUACAGAUAAUAACAUGCAUGAGGCAACUUCAGUCACUCGAAAGAGGUCCACACUGGCGGCAUUGCACAUGCUUAAGAGUUUCACUAGAUGUGAAACAGGAAAUGCUGCCUGUGGCUCAAGAAAUCUUGGUACCACAAUUGCCGAGAGGAUUAGCCAGUUGGAGUCUGAAAGCAGACCUGUCGAAAGCACUCAGCCUGAGGAAUUUGGGCCACCAAGAAAGACCUUUUCCACAAUUUUGCCAGAAGUAGCCCUAGGAACUCCUCAAGUGGAUGAACAAAGGUCCUCCCAUGUGAUGAGAAUCAAAGAAAAGCUCUUUGGUUCAACAUCACCAUUGGUGCAUCAGAAAACUGCUAUAACUAAGGAAAAAGAGAGGAAGUUCAACAAUGAAUCUGGGUUUAAAGAAUCACGGCAGAGUUUUUGCUUCAAAACCAGGCCACUGCCAAACUUCUGUCGAAGAAAUAAACAACUAAACGAUGGUAAUCAGCAGAACCAUAAGUAUGUAGAAGCUAAAUCUGGGACUAUCGAAGAGUUUCCAAAGUUUCGGGACAGCAACCAUUCAAUGACAAAUGGUAGUCGUGCACAGCAAAUGGGCAAAGGUGUAUCCAAGGAGAGACAAAUAUGUUGUUUCCCCAUCAGAAAGCUGUAUUAGAUCAGUCCCGCUUUUCCUUAUCCGUCUUAUUAGGUUUCCAGUAAAUAAUAACUUAUUCUUUGAAUUCAUAUUGGUUGUGCCGUAUUAUAUGUUUAGGACAGGCAAUCCAUAGUGGUUAUCUUAUGUACCUACUUGGAGGAUGUCAGUCUCAAUCCAUCUAAUACUCGAGCUCGAGUUUGUGAUUGUGAUCUGAACUAUCAUUUUCUAGCUUGGAAAAUAAAUGAAAUCAAGUUUACUA